AUAAACAUCAAACACUAUUGAGCCUUUAGAACCCGAAGCCGCAUCCAUUUCAUUUCAUUUGCUUUUCCUCUCUGGGCAGAAUGGCAAAUGAACAAACAGGACCUGCAACAUUUGUGACUCAUUACCUCCAGGAAAGAGGACCGGAGAUAGCGGGGAUACAUGAUGCAUGGGCCGUGGAAUCCAGCUUCAAUGAAUCUAAGGCGACAUACGAGGCAAAAGAAAAGCAUGAGGAGUUCAUGGAAGCGCUGCACGAAUACGGAAGGCCUGAAGGUCGCAAACUCCCGUUCAACCCUGUCGAUUGCUCCUGGCGAGAUGUGCUCAAGGAGCUAGACAAGGCCGAAGACGCUGCAGCCACCAGCGAACAAGAUGACAAGAAGCUCUUAACACUCAGCAGGAGGAAAUUGAAUACUAUGUCAAAUUCGAUUAUGCCUCUCCUAGAUGCUAUUCCUAAGGAGUUGUGGAUCCUUCGGGGUGGACAAGCCAUCAUCUUCCACCUUGCUCAAUAUAGAGAGACGGUCAGACGAGACAUCUUAGACACCUUUGAAGACAUACCGGGUAUUAUUACAAUGGCCUACAGCAAGUCUCAGAGGUUUCCCCAAGAUGCCAAGCUGCAUGAUUCGAUAGAAGAUUUGAAAGUGACACUCUUCGAUGCUAUUCCCAGCCUGAUUGAGAUUUUGAUGCCGGGAAAAUUCUUAGCCAAAGUUACAUGCCUCUUUCGAGGAUUCCGUGUUCAGGAUAUACUGAGCUGUGUCCAGAGAAAAGCGAGUGGCGUGGAUGCGUGCGGCAGAAACCUUCAGGAUGGGCUCAUCGAGAAGAAUUAUCUCGCCACCAAAGAAGUUCAGGAGGUGACAACAACAACUCAAGUGCAAGUUACGGAGAUACGUGAAGAAAUCGACUCCAAUAUCGUCGAGCUGAAGGAUUUUAUCUCCGAGCAAAUAAAUGACGCCUUGGCAAGUAAGAACGGCAUGUUCCAGAUGUUGAAAGACGUCAUGUCUGUUUUUCUAUGCGACGAACCAGAGCCAGGGCUUAUUAUGAAUCCCACACGGACUGCCACUCUCUCAUCUCCUGAUGAACUUCUAAUUCUGCUUCGUGUGCCGCUUGAGCAACCAAUCUGCGAUCUAGACUUUGUUCUUCGUCAAAGUAAAGAAUUCGACUUGACUUCCAAGUCUUAUGGGGCGUUGGUUAUGGCGAGUCCACGAUUCCAACAAUGGGUAGCUGCUAGCGAAACAGACUUGAUUUAUGUUGAAGGCCACCUUGAUCCCUCCAAAUUCGGAAAGACAUCACCUAUUUCGUACUUUUGUGCAAAUUUGGCACUGCUAUUUGCAAACUCUGCAAUGAGCAUCACACUGCACUCCUUCUGCAGUCAGCACGUGGCCUGCAACGAUGAUCUCCAAGGUCCGAGAGGCUUGAUCAGGGGUUUGCUCUCACAACUCCUUCACAUUUGGCCUAAUGCGCCCUUGCAUGGUAUCGACCUCCCAGGUUUCAACGGUAAUCACGAAUUUAUUCCGAUGGAGGACCUUUGUCAACUCUUCGAGGUGCUAUUGAGCCAACUUCCGAUACACACCACCGUGUUUUGCAUCAUCGAUGACUUGGUCCAAUUCGAGAAGGAACGUUGGGAUGACGACUAUUGGCAUUUUUUGCGUAUAUUGGGCACUCUCAUGGCUGGUCAGCAAUGCGGCAUCAGAUUCAAGGUCUUGAUAACGAGCUCAACGAAGAGCAAGCGGCUACAGGAAAAUGUUCCCGAAGACAUGCGUAUACAAGUGACUGAAAGGGACCGGUUAAUAGGGCAUAGAAGGCAGCAAUCGCGGUGGAGGACGGGAGCCAGCUAGAAGAGCAGAAUGAUAUCCGUAGGUGAGAGCGGAUCCUUCACAACAAAAUACGGAUCAAUUUUUACAGUGCGACCCUCGUGGUUCAAUCUCACAUGCAAUAUUGUAGAAAUUGGAGAAACGUCAGGUGACUUGUACUACAUAGAAGUCUGGUUCUU